CCUUGUUUCUUCCUCCUCCUACAGUCUCCUCCUUCCUCCAGAUCCAAUUGCUAGUCCUUUUCCCAUUCACAAGCCACAUUCUUGGAGCUUGCAAGAGGAGAGAAGAGGAUGAGCCAACCAUAGCCAGAGCACAGCACAAGAAAGACGGUGAGAAUGGGGCUUCGUGCCACCGAGGCGGCGACGGGCAACGGCGGCGGCAUGAGGAGCCUUCCGGAUUUCUUGGGGAGGAAGAGCAAGUACGUGCGCAUGGACGACGUGCUCCCGGAUGAGCAGGGAGAUGGCGGCGGCGGCGGCGGCGUCGUUCGUGUCCGCGGCGGCGGCGGCAGCGGGAGAUACGUCUUUGCCUGCUCUGUCUUCGCCUCCCUCAACCAUGUCCUGCUCGGCUACGAUGUUGGUGUGAUGAGUGGCUGCAUCAUAUUCAUCCAGAAGGACCUCCACAUCAGUGAAGUGCAGCAAGAAGUGCUCGUCGGGUGCCUCAGCUUCAUCUCCCUCCUCGGCAGCCUCGCCGCCGGGAGGACGUCCGACGCCGUCGGCCGGAAAUGGACCAUCGGGCUCGCCGCUGCCGUGUUCCAGGCCGGCGCGGCCGUCAUGACGCUCGCGCCGUCCUUCGCCGUGCUCAUGAUGGGCCGGCUGCUGGCCGGCAUCGGCAUCGGGAUCGGGAUCAUGGUGGCGCCGGUGUACAUAUCGGAGAUCACGCCGGCCACGCUGCGGGGGUCGUACGCCUCGUUCCCGGAGAUCUUCAUCAGCCUCGGCAUCCUCCUCGGCUACGUCUCCAACCUCGCCUUCUCCGGUCUCCCCGACCACAUCAACUGGCGAGUCAUGCUCGCCGCCGGCAUCGUCCCUUCCAUCUCCGUCGCGUUCGUGCUGCUGGUGAUCCCGGAGUCGCCGCGGUGGCUCGUCAUGCAGGGCCGGGCCGCCGAGGCGCGCGCGGUGCUUCUCAAGGUCACCGAUGGCGAGGACGAGGCGCAGGAGAGGCUCGCCGAGAUCGAGGAGGCGGCGCGCGUCACGGCCACCGGCAACGGCAAGGCCGUGUGGCGCGAGCUCCUGAGGCCGUCGCCGGUGAUCCGCCGCAUGCUGGUGACCGGCAUCGGCGUGCAGCUCUUCCAGCAGAUCACCGGCAUCGACGCGCUGGUCUACUACAGCCCGACGAUAUUCCGGGACGCCGGCAUCACCACCGAGAGCCAGCUGCUCGCCGCCACCGUCGGCGUGGGGCUCUCCAAGACGGUGUUCAUCGUGAUCGCCAUCGUCCUCGUCGACCGCGUCGGGCGGAAGCCGCUGCUGUACGUCAGCACGGCCGGGAUCACCGCGUGCCUGGCCGCGCUCGCCGCGUCGCUCUCCCUGCUCGCGCACGGCGCGCUGCCGCGGGCGGCGGCGAUCGGGGCGGCCAUCCUGACGGUGUGCGGCUUCGUGGCGUUCUUCUCGGUGGGGAUCGGGCCGAUCAACAUGGUGCUGAGCUCGGAGAUCUACCCGCUGCGGCUGCGCGCGCAGGCGGUGGCGCUCGGCUUCGCCGUGAACAGGCUGACCAGCGGCGCGGUGGCCAUGUCGUUCCUGUCCAUCUGCGGCGCCGUGUCCGUCGCGGGUGCCUUCGCCGCGUUCGCCGCCAUCUCGGCGCUGUCCGUGGUGUUCGUCCACGUGUUCGUGCCGGAGAUGAGCGGCAAGUCGCUGGAGCAGAUCGAGUCCCUGUUCGGCGCCGGCGCCGGCGCCGGCGAGGUGGAGCUCGGUGACGCGGAACAUCUGGUACAAGGGAAAGAAAUGAGCUGAUAAGUAGCAUGCCAACGAAGUAGCAUCUCACUCUUAUGAGCUUCUUGGUCAUAGUUGUGAUUACUGAUUACUAAGCAGUAAACACGGGAUAUCAACUUGCAAACUCUGCCAUGACUCUUCACCACGCACCCCGCGGUUCGGCGGUUACCAUGGUAACCACGAAAACAUGAUAACCACACGGUUUGGUAAAACCUGCUUACGAUACGUAUGAGUGUAUUGGGCGUAGAUAACAGCAAGGAGAAAAGCUCGUUCUCUUUUCUUAGACGCCAAUAAAUGAAAUUACGAACGGAUUACGCAAACGAAGGGAGCAGCCUGGCACAACAGACAGUACACUACACAGAGGAAGCAGCAUCUGUUCCACUUCCACA